GCCCGGUUGGCCGGUUCCUCCGUCCACCACCAGCCCUCUCCAUCUCCUCUUCUCAGGGUCUCCGUCCGAGUGCCUUCGCUUGGUGUUGGGGCCGCGAUGGAGAAGGCGGCCUGCGUAGAGAAGGAGGCUUGGUGUUGGUGUUGGUGUUGGUGUUGGUGUUGGUGCCUGACCGUGCUGCCGACCCUUACGGCGCCGGAGAAGGAACCCGGGACGCGGGAGAAGUGCUACAAGAAGACGGUGGGGGAGGAGGCGACGUUCCUGGAGAGCGCCAAGGACUACUUCAACCAGUUCAAGGCGAUGCCCGCGCAGAAGUACUGGAUCUACCUCAAGAACUACUUCUCCCAGAAGUGCAGCUCGGUGUUCGGCAAGCAGAAGGUCGAGCCCAUAGUCAAGGAUGAUGAGACUCCGGAGGUGGCGAAACUGGCAGCAGUUGAGUCUCGCUGAAAGGGCUGAUCGUCUUUUGGGGAAACAAAUGUAAAUGAUCUUUGGGCGUGUUCUACGGUGGUGAAAACUUGGGACUUCUUUGGUCUUGUCAGAAACUAGUAUCGUAGUAUGUCUUGUGUUGCUAGCUUUUCGAAGUAGUGGUGUGGGCAUCAUUGGUCCAGCAACUCGUCAUGAAAACAAUGUGUUUCUGCAUCAAGUUCUUAGAAUGUGAACCUUAA